AUGGCCAAACGUUUCAAGCUUCGAAUUAGCCGAGCAAUCGCGGCCACUCUCCAAUCGUGCCGCUCCAAAGACCCUUCCAAUCUCCCGGAAAAUCCCAUCCCUUCACUACCCAAGUCUCUCACCACCGCGAACUUCCAAAAUCCCACCCGCCGCCUUCCCUCCGCCAUCAUAUCCAUCGGCGCCGCCAGUGUCUGCGAAGAGCAGCCCCUGCCCCGCCUGAAAAUCUGCAGCUCCCCGGAAGACGGCCCGCCGUCGCCGCCGCCGCCGCCGGAGCGUAGAGGGCGCGGCGGAAAGAAGAACCCGGUGGCGAGGAGGAAGAAGAAGAAGAAGAAGGUGAAGCAGAGCAAGCUCCGCGCGAGCACCUCCUCUGCCGACAGCUCGUGGUUCAGCAGCGAAAUCGCCGCCGCCGCCGGCGAAAGGGACGACGAGGAGGAGACGGAAACACUGGUCUCGUCGUUCUCGACGGACUCCUCCUUCAGCACCGGGAGGAGGUACAGGAAGCGGCGGGGCCGGCGCGGGAGGCGGGCGGCGGCGGCGGAGGGGGAGAUUCCGGCGAGGCUGUCUGUGUUGAAGAGGCUAAUUCCGUGCACGGCGGAGGGGAAGGUGAAGGAGAGCUUCGCGGUGGUGAAGAGAUCAGAAGACCCCUACGAGGAUUUCAAGAGCUCGAUGAUGGACAUGAUUCUGGAGAAGCAGAUGUUCGACCCCACAGAUUUGGAGCAGCUCUUGGAGUGUUUUUUGUCCUUGAAUUCCCGGCGUUAUCAUUGGGUUAUCGUUCAAGCUUUUUCCGAGAUUUGGGAGGCGCUUUUUGCUGAAUUUCCUGUUCAGGAUGGCCGGCGGAGGCCUAACGCUACUUUCCGUUUGGCUUAA